AUGUAUGAUAUGAGAACAGUACACAUACAGAACUCAUUCCCGCGUAUUCAAGUGGACCUCAUUACAACAACUAAUCCUACCAAAAUGAACAUUAUUAUACCAAUCAUUCCCGCAACCGUGCGUAAUAUCAUGGAUUUCACGCUACUGAUGGCAGGCAUUAGCCUAAAUACUUUUCUCGGUCUCUUUAUCGUAUUAAAUUCUACCAUGCACACGUCCACUAACUGUUACAUAAUGAGUCUGAUAUUAUCAAACUUUGUAAUCCUACUUGAACCACUUGAACGAGUACUUAACUGGAUUUUCGAUAUAAACUUAGAGAUGAAUCUCGAUUACGUAUUUUUAAUGAGCUACGCCACGUCCAACUUGACGAUAAUUCUACUAAAUAUUGAGACGUAUGUUAUCGUUUAUCAAAAAAAUUCACCUCUUCUCAAGUCGCUUUUAAAAAUUUCGACAGCUAUAAAAGGAAUCUUGUUCGUAUGGACAAUGUGUAUAAUGGCAACAGCCAUAGAAUUACACUUGUACGAUCAUUUUGUGAAAGAAAUUAUGUACGACAUUUACGUUUCAUCCACUAUUAUGUUCAUAAUAUUCCCGUGUUUCAUUAUUGUUUUGCUCAACUACUUCAUCUUACAUGACUUGACACUGUUAAAAUCAAGAACUGAAACGUGGUUAAGCAAAGAUAUGAAGCGUUUUAUUUUUUUGAGUACGUAA